AGAAUUCGAUGAAUCUUCCCCCAGACAAAGCACGACUGUUGCGGCAGUACGACAACGAGAAGAAGUGGGAACUGAUUUGUGAUCAGGAGCGAUUCCAGGUGAAAAACCCACCUCACACGUACCUCCAGAAGCUGAGGAGUUAUCUCGACCCAGCAGUCACAAGAAAGAAAUUCAGACGGAGGGUUCAGGAGUCCACCCAAGUCCUGAGAGAACUGGAAAUUUCAUUACGGACCAAUCAUAUAGGGUGGGUGAGAGAAUUCCUAAAUGAAGAGAACAAAGGGCUGGACGUGCUGGUGGAGUAUCUUUCUUUUGCACAGUAUGCCGUCACGUUUGAUGGAGACUGUGUGGAGAAUAACCCGGAGGCUACGAUAGACAAGUCGAAGCCCUGGAGCCGCUCUAUAGAAGACCUUCAUGGAGGCAGCACGCUGCCGUCUCCCAUCACGGGGAACGGCAUCACACGUGCCGGGCGACAUUCCACGUUACGCUGUAACACUCUGCCCAGCCGGCGAACGCUGAAGAACUCCAGACUGGUCUGUAAAAAAGACGAUGUCCACGUCUGCAUCAUGUGCCUGCGUGCUAUCAUGAACUACCAGUAUGGCUUCAACAUGGUCAUGUCACACCCACAUGCUGUGAAUGAAAUUGCACUAAGUCUCAACAAUAAAAACCCCAGAACUAAAGCUCUGGUCCUGGAGCUCCUGGCGGCGGUCUGUCUCGUGAGAGGAGGCCACGAAAUUAUUCUCUCUGCGUUCGACAACUUUAAAGAGGUAUGUGUGGAGGAGCAGCGGUUUGAGAAGCUAAUGGAGUAUUUCAAGAACGAGGACAACAACAUUGACUUCAUGGUGGCAUGUAUGCAGUUCAUCAACAUUGUCGUGCACUCUGUGGAGGACAUGAACUUCAGAGUUCAUCUACAGUUCGACUUCACCAAGCUGUGCCUGGACGACUACUUGGACAAACUAAAACACACAGAGAGCGAUAAGCUGCAGGUUCAGAUCCAGGCGUACUUGGAUAACGUCUUUGAUGUGGGAGCCCUCCUGGAGGAUGCCGAGACCAAAAACGCUGCCCUGGAGCGGGUGGAGGAGCUCGAGGAGAAUAUGUCUCAUAUGACAGAGAAGCUGCAGGACAUGGAGAAUGAGGCCAUGUCCAAGAUCGUGGAGCUGGAGAAGCAGCUGAUGCAAAGAAAUAAGGAUCUUGAAUCCAUCAGGGAAGUCUACAAAGACACCAGCUCGCAGGUUCACUCCCUGCGGCAGAUGUUGAAGGAGAAGGACGAGGCCAUCCAGAGACAGAGUAACCUGGAGAAGAAGAUCCACGAGCUGGAGAAGCAGGGCACCAUCAAGAUCCACAAGAAGGGAGACGGGGACAUCUCCAUCCUGCCCUCGCCGCCUCCUGGUGUGGAAGGCGUGCUGGGUGGCGUGCUCGGAGGAACAGUUGGAGCUGUCAGUCCAAACCAUGUAGGAGUUGUAGCGGGUGGGCCUGCUCCGCCACCACCACCUCCUCCUCCUCCACUGCCAGUGAACGGCACAUUGCCAAACGGACCUUCAUUGGCCAUUCCAACGGUGGUGGCUCCCCCGCCUCCUCCUCCGCCGCCGCCUCCUCCACCCCCUCCUCCACCCCUAGGACCAGCCUCAGCCCCUCUGCCUCCUCCGCCUCCUCCCAUGGCUCCACCACUGCCUGGCUGUGGGACGCCCACCGUCAUCAUGAACUCUGGGUUAGCUGAGGGACCCAUCAAACUUUUCUCCGUCAAGAUCAAGAAACCCAUCAAGACGAAGUUCCGCAUGCCCGUCUUCAACUGGGUCGCACUUAAACCGAACCAAAUCAACGGCACCGUCUUCAAUGAGAUCGAUGAUGAGAGGAUACUGGAGGACUUGAACGUGGACGAGUUCGAGGAGAUGUUCAAGACGAAAGCCCAGGGCCCGUCCAUUGACAUCACAGUGAGCAAGCACAAGGUCAUCCAGAAGGGACCCAACAAGGUGUCCCUGCUGGAGUCCAACAGGGCAAAGAACCUGGCCAUCACGCUGAGGAAAGUGGGGAAGACGCCCGAGGAGAUCUGCAAGGCCAUUCAGCUAAUCGACCUUCGCACUCUGCCCGUGGACUUCGUGGAGUGUCUGAUGCGCUUCCAGCCAACUGAGAACGAGAUUAAAGUCCUGCGGCAGUUCGAAAAGGAACGCAAGCCGCUGGAGAGCCUGACGGACGAGGACCGCUUCAUGAUGCAGUUCAGCAAGAUCGAGCGGCUCAUGCAGAAGAUGACCAUCAUGGCCUUCAUCGGCAACUUCAGUGAGAGCAUUCAGAUGCUCACGCCGCAACUUCACGCAGUCAUUGCAGCAUCGGUGUCCAUCAAGUCGUCACAGAAGCUGAAAAAAAUACUUGAGAUUAUCUUGGCACUUGGAAAUUACAUGAACAGCAGCAAAAGAGGAGCGGUGUACGGUUUCAAGCUGCAGAGUUUAGACUUGCUAAUCGAUACGAAGUCGACGGACCGCAAGAUAACAUUGUUGCACUACAUCGCCAAUGUGGUGAAAGAGAAGUACACACAGGUUGCUCUCUUCUACAACGAACUGCACUACGUGGAGAAGGCAGCAGCAGUGUCGCUGGAGAACGUCCUGCUUGAUGUGAAGGAGCUGCAGAGGGGCAUGGAGUUGACCAGACGGGAGUACAGCAUGCACGGCCACAACACCAUGCUCAAAGACUUCAUCGCACACAACGAGAGCAAGCUGAAGAAGCUGCAGGACGACGCCAAGAUUGCACAGGACGCCUUUGACGAGGCGGUGAAAUUCUUCGGGGAGAACUCCAAAACCACGCCGCCGUCCGUCUUCUUCCCUGUGUUUGUGCGUUUUGUUAAGGCUUACAGGCAAGCAGAAGAGGACAACGAGCACAGAAAGAGACAGGAGCAGAUAAUGAUGGAGAAACUUCUAGAGCAAGAGGCCAUGAUGGAGGAAGACAAGAAGUCUCCUUCCCAUAAGAACAAGCGGCAGCAGCAGGAGCUGAUCCAGGAGCUGAGGAAGAAACAGGUGAAAGACAGCCGCCACGUCUACGAAGGCAAAGAUGGAGCCAUUGAGGAUAUCAUCACAGUGCUGAAGACAGUGCCCUUUACCGCCCGCACAGCCAAGCGCGGCUCUCGGUUCUUCUGCGAGUCCGCCCUCAAUGAGGAGUACCAUUACUAAGCUUAUAGAACUCUCUCUCCUCUCAAAGAUUUGAGGAAUCAGCCUUACAGGCGAGCGGACGCUGUGCGGAGGAGUGUCAGGAGACGCUUUGACGAUCAGAACCUGCGGCCGGUGAACAACAACAACGGCGAAGUGGUCAUGUGAUGAGGGAGCGGUGCAUGUGCUGGAAGGGAGGAUGCGAACGAGUGGUGGUGGUGGGUGGGGGGAAGGAAUGUCGGGAAGAGGGAGAGAUGGAAGGUCAGAUGCAGAGCGAAGGCUGACGAGCGGAAGAUGACGAGUGUGGUAGCAACCAUAGAUAUGAGUAUGUAUAUAUAUUACAUAAGAAUACGUGUUAUUCCAUGUCUGCGGUAUGGUGCAGAUUUUCACGAUGAAGGACUGGGAGGUGGACUGAGUUUAAGAGAAGUGUCUGAAAGGUUCAUGAACCUUAGACAAGCCAAGUGCCUGAACUUAUUCUUGUGCUCUAAUGUCGCACUGUGUUCUGUUUGUCUGUUUUUUAAUAUCCCCACUUUGAAAGCAAUACAGUUUGACCUGGCUUUAAUUAUACGACCUGUUGAAACUGGACUUUGUGGCUUUUUAGAGCCGCGUGAGGAGACGCUUCCUAAAUGUAGAAUGUACGGGACACGUUCCCUUCAGCUGUCACAGAUAUUACAUCUCUUACUGAUCAAGUUCCACUCUUGGUUUUAUCUCGGUACAUUUUGGUGCUUUCUUACAUUCCUCUUACUACACAAACAUGCAUCUCAUGGGGGCUUCUCGUCUUUAAAGGCUUUAAGGGCUGAUGAUCAGGCAGGAAGAUGGUGAAGAGAAAUGAAUUUUUCAAAACAAGACGUAGGGCCUGUGCUAUGAAACAGGAUUUGCGGUUAUUGAGGUAACUCAAAGUUUUAAUCUCAGAGUUUUCAGUGUAACAAAGCUGGUUCACUUUUAAGUGGAAUAAAUCACCGUGGUUACUUUUACUCCGGAGCAGGUUGAGUUAGAAAUGAUGGAAAGAGAUGUGACCAGCCCAGAUAAUGAAAACACAUCCUGGGUAUGUUGAACCAACUUGGUAGCACAGUUUACAAGGAUUGUGUCAGGUUAAGUUAAACCAAACAUAUCCCCGGUUGUUGAACUCGCUUCGUAGUACAGAUAUCAGGACGAUGUUGGGUUAAGUUGAGCUGGAUAACAAAAACACAUCCUGGGAAUGUGGAAGCUGCUUCGUAAAACAGGUUAUAAGGACGAUGUCAGGUUAAGUUAAGUCAGAUAAUGACUAGAAAUCCUGGAUAUGUUGAACUUGGUUUGUAGUACAGGUCCCGAGCUAAUGUGAAUCGCAUCCAUCAAAUCUCUUCAUACCGAUCAGUGGUUACUGAAGUCUGACUCUGUCGCUCUGAAUCCAUAAAAGAAGGCGCCUAGUUAAACUAAACUUUACUGUUUAUUUCUGUAACAACACAGAAGUUUCACUGGUUUAUGGGAACAAAUGACCAAGCGUAUAAACUGCACGAAAGACAUGAUCUCAUUACAAAACUGGAUAUAACCCAUCCUUGUAUUUACAGGUUAAUCAUACUCCAGGCUACUGUCUGCUCACUUUAUUGUAAUUUUAAAUGUAUAGUAUUUAACCACUGAAAAGAUUCCUUUACGCUCAUGUUUCCGUCGAGUCAUUCGAGUGACGGCGAAACAGAAGAAAACAAAAAAGUUUCCUAAAUGUACAGAUAUUUUGCUACAAACCAUGUUUUUUUUAUUUUCCUUUUCACAUUUUACCAGAUGGUUAAUAUUGUACAUAUUGUUUAAACAAAAGUUUUCAUUGCCUUGUGCUAUACAACUUGAAUGUUAUUUUAACUUAUAGAUUUCUUUGUUGUUUCCAUUUGUUUUUUUUUUUUGUAUAUUUAAUGAAGCCAAAUGCAGCCAGGAAUCUACAGUAGUGAGUGAAAUCACGUUUUGUAGCAGGAUCACGCAGUUCGUUUGUGGGUUUAUGUCACACGUGCAUCAGAACCAGCUACGGCAACAUGCAACACGUUCAUGUUACUUGACUCAUUGUUAAACAUUCAACUGGUUUAUGUUUGUUGACCUGUGAUGAUGAGCUGGAUUUGUGGCUCAGUGAUGCACCUUGUAAUCAUCUCCUUCUCUCUUUAACUUCACCGUCUGUAACAGUGUCAUUUCUCUAACUGGAUAAUACUGGCAUGUUUUUUUUUAACUAUCACCAGAAAUGUAUUUUAGGCAGUUUAUUGUGCUUAUUACAAAAUAACAAGUGUUUUUUUUUUAAAAUUAGGUGAUAUGAGAUUUUCAUUGAUUAUGAUCGAAUAAACUAUUUACAUUGA